GUGGUUGUUCCGGCGAAAAAGUGGAUUUGCUGCUUCAGGACAGGCGGUUUUAGAGUAGAAUUUGUAUUGUUUUAAUUAAGAAAUGUACAUAUGUUUUAGCACUAGAGGAUUUUAAUAUAAUAAUACAAGGACACAUGUGUGUUUUUGUUGAGAAAACUCGGCACUGUGACGCCUUCUGCUGCUGCCUAGCUCUCCAUCGGCUGAAGAAACAAUGCAGGCCUAGCUAGCAUCUCACGGUAGCUAGUGGAAGCUAAUCGGAUAACGCUGCUCCAGUAGACUGCAGUGGGAUUUAAACCUUGGACGAAGCCCCAUUUUUCGACGCUGCUAUAACAUCUAUUCCGCGAUGAGCUCUCAGCUGCAGGUCUUCUCCACCCCCUCCAUCUCCUCCAGUGCCUUUUGCCGCGUUAAGAAGGUGAAGGUGGAGAACAAUGUUUGGGACGUGUCCACCUCCGAAGCUUACAGCUCCCUAGCGGGCCAAUCGGCAUACACCUUCGCCCCAGCCAUGGCCGUGGCACCCUUUGCACCAUCUCUGGUCUUCCCCCCCACAGCGCCCGGCUCAAGAGGUCAAGUGGUGGUGCGAGCCGCUGAUAGCACCGGCAGUCUCCCUCGUGGAUCCAGUCGGCGUGUGGCGGAGCAGGCCACGUCUUCCUCUUACGCUCACACAGAGACGACCUCCGAAACAAGGGGGCACAGGCACGGGCAGAAGAGAAAGAUGGAGGAGACCACUGAAGGCAGCGGGAGCGGUUGUGGCAGUGUCCAAAUAUUGGAGGAGCUCUCAGCCCCUGCAGCAACGUACUCUACCCGUACCGGGGGUGGCGGAGGAGGCACAGGCCAGUCUAUACCCCACUCAGCUACAACCACCAAGAGCAGCAGCUCCAACGGGGAGGGGGAUUAUCAGCUGGUGCAGCACGAGAUCCUCUGCUCCGUGUCCUGCAGCUAUGAAGUGCUGGAGUUUUUAGGAAGAGGCACGUUCGGACAAGUGGCUAAGUGCUGGAAGAGGGGCACCAAUGAGAUUGUGGCAAUCAAGAUCCUGAAAAACCACCCUUCCUAUGCUCGUCAGGGCCAAAUUGAGGUGGGUAUCCUGAACCGGCUCAGCGCAGAGAACGCGGAUGAGUACAACUUUGUGCGUUCAUACGAAUGCUUCCAACACAAGGGUCACACGUGCCUGGUGUUUGAGAUGCUGGAGCAGAACCUGUACGACUUUCUCAAACACAGCAAGUUCAGCCCACUCCCCCUGCGGCACAUCAGACCCAUCCUACAGCAGGUGGCUACAGCGCUGAUGAAGCUGAAAAGCCUCGGUCUGAUUCAUGCAGACCUGAAGCCAGAGAACAUCAUGCUGGUGGACCCCCUCAGACAGCCCUACAGGGUGAAAGUCAUUGACUUUGGCUCAGCGAGUCAUGUGUCCAAAGCUGUCUGCUCGACCUACUUACAGUCGCGCUACUACAGGGCUCCAGAGAUCAUUUUGGGUCUGCCAUUCUGUGAGGCCAUCGACAUGUGGUCUCUGGGCUGUGUGAUUGCUGAGCUGUUCCUGGGUUGGCCUCUCUACCCGGGGGCCUCUGAGUAUGACCAGAUCCGUUACAUUUCUCAGACCCAAGGCCUGCCUGCAGAGUACCUGCUGAGCGCGGGGACAAAGACCAGCCGCUUUUUCAAUCGAGGACCUGACUCCAGCUACCCACUCUGGAGGCUUAAGACCCCGUCAGAGCAUGAAAUGGAGAUGGGUAUCAAGUCCAAAGAGGCCAGGAAGUAUAUCUUCAACUGUCUGGAUGACAUGAUGCAGGUCAACCUUUCUUCUCAUUUGGAGGGCACGGACAUGUUGGCAGAGAAAGCUGAUAGACGAGAGUUUAUAGACCUCCUGAAGCGGAUGCUCCGUCUGGACGCUGACAAAAGGAUCACGCCAACGAAGACUCUGGGUCACCCCUUUGUGACCAUGAGCCACCUCAUGGAUUACCCCCACAGCUCACAUGUGAAGUCCUGCUUCCAGAACAUGGAGAUCUGUAAGCGCCGGAGCUCCUACGAUAGCAGCAAAUCCCUGUACUCCACCAGCGCAGUGCCCAGCGCUGCCGCCGGCAACCUCACUGUUACCUUCAGUAGCCAGCUCAACCAGCAUAACCAGGUGCCUUCUGCGGGGGGGGCGGUGCCUUUGCUGAACUACCAGCCCGCUCUGUACCAGCAGGCGACCAUCAACAUUCCCGGGCUCGCUCAGCAGAGCGUCCCGAUCCCAACGCGUGCUGCUGGGCUGUGCAGCCAGACUGAACCCUUCCAGCAGACCCUCAUCGUCUGCCCACCCUCCACUAUCCAAGGGCUACAGGCAUCCAGUAAGAGCUCCAGUUACCCUGUGAGGAUGGAGAACUCUGUACCCAUAGUACCUCAGAACCAGGCUGCUCAGGCUUUGCAGCUCCAGCCCAGUAUGCUCACACAGGGUUCCUGCACCCCCCUGAUGGUGGCCACGCUGCACCCACCCUCAGCAGGCAUAGCACCCCAGUACUCCCUGCCCCUCGGGCUGGGCGGCGGGGUGGGUCGGCCCACCCUCCUGGAGCACACAGCCACAGUGCUGGUAAAGCAACAAAGAAGAAACACACACAUGCACACUACAACUAACAAAGCCAUCUCUAUCCUGGCCCACUCCUACUUGUUCCAUUAAUGUUUGCUUUGUUCCCUCCUCCUCCGUGCCACAUGUUGUGUUACUCUUUUUUUUCAUCUUUUAUUUUGCCAUAGUCACAUGAAGACUUGUUGUCAGACUUAUGGUCGCUGGGCUCUUAGUUUGUCGGAAAAUUCUAAAAAUGUUGAUCCUGGACUCAACAUUGCAGGGUGUCCGCGGGGUCUUAGA